UGGCAGCGCUGAAUCCUUAUGUUCAUGUGAAAUUUGUAUUGCAUAUACUUAAAAUUAACUCGCGGGAGAUCUCCUGCAUUGGAGUUGCCGGUUGCGUAAUUGGACGCACUUGUGUGCGGUUUGUGGUUGUAGUUUGCAGAAUGGCGUUGGCACUGCGUGUGGCGACGCGAUUUGCGCAAGGUUCGGCAGUGAGUUGGCCCCAAGAUCGCCAGCGGCUGUUACAGCUAUACAUUACCAGCCCAAGUGCCAGCGAUAACGGACCGAAGUCAUAUUGCACACUGCCACCAGAACGGAAAUAUUCGGCAAAAUCGACUGGAGGAGAGGCACCGCCAACGAUUAAGCGAAAUGUAGCCGCCGAGAUAACCAGCGUCGGAAAGGUCAUCUACGAGACGGGCUGGGAUGCCAACAAGCCAAAAGAUCCGCCAAAGGGACAGCAGCUGGUCAAGACAGCCUCCAGCCUGCCACCCGUCCUGCCCGAGCAUGACAAGCCCAAAGAGCAGGACGCUCCCAGGUCAAAGCGGGAGCAGAUGCGGGACAAUAUGCAGGACUACAUAUUCACACGCUAUUUCAACUAUGUGAAGAACUACGACAAGGUGCUCGAGAAGAACUUCCCCAAGGCCAUGCAGCUCUAUCACGUCUUCUUUGAUGGCGUGAAGGACUUUUUCAGCGACAUGAAGCGCUUCCUGAAAAUUUCCCGCAUUGCCAACGACUCGCCGCAAGGGAUCAGGGCAUUGAAUCGCCAGGAACUAGAGCUGUACAUGAUGAUGCCGAGGGACAUGAUGAAGGUGGCACCGGCUCUAAUUGGCUGCUCACUGCCGAUGGUUGGCUAUGCAUUCUUUCCACUUGUCUUUUGGUAUCCCCGCGUCUUUCUUACCUCGCACUUCUGGACUGCUGAGCAGCGCACCGACUUUCAAAAUUACUACAUGAAGCGACGACUGCAGUACAACAAGUCCGUCUUCCGGUGCCUGCAGGCCAAACUCAAAUCGCUGUCUGGACACCCCAAGCAUGCAGAGUUUAGGAAAAUAUUGGGCCUGAUGGGCAGUGGCACUCACCCAACGCCAGAGAUGCUUCUAGAAGUCAAGGAUAUAUUUGUCGAGGGACCCUACUCGCUGCUGGGAAUGUCGCGGAAACAUGUCAAAAGCCUAGUCAAUAUGCACGGACUGCAGAAUAGCAUCUUUAAGCGACACCGCCUGCACGAGCACGCUUUCCUUGUGCACUACAUGGACCAGGCCAUAACCCGCGAGGGGGGUGUGCACAAUUUGAGUCUGGAUGCUUUGCGGUACUCCUGCUAUCUGCGCGGCCUCAAUCCAGUUAAUCUCCGCGACGAGGAGAUGAUCGAAUGGCUGCGCAACUGGGUCAAGGUCUCGACGUCGAUACAAGGCGAGCAUAUCACUCUGUUCCUACAUCUGCCCAUCCUCCUUGGCUACAACCAUCCCAGCAACUGGAAGACUAUCUACUGCAAGGGCGAAGCCUAGGCAUUUCUUGGUGCUAAUUUACUUUGUAGACUGUGGCUUUAAGGAUGGGACUGUAGACUAUGGACUGUUACGACCAUUUGGUUUCUUGAUGGCAAAUAAAAUUGUUGAAAAUCAAACUGA